AUGGCCCCGGCCGAAUCUCACGCGUCGAGGCGACGCGACGAGGAAGACAGUGCAGUCGACCUUGGCAGGCAUCAGCAUCGGGACUGCCGAAGAGAAAGACGCUCUGGCCGCGGCUCCUCUCGCCCAAGACGGCGCUCGCGAACCCCUGAAUCUUCGCAUCGGCGACACCACCAUCGGCAGCGAGACCACGACAGCGAACGUGGCCGUGACCGAGGAAGAGACAAAAGCCCCGGCCGCGAUCGAGGCAGGGAAAGGAGCCCUGGCCGUGACCGGAGACGACGCCGCUCCCGCGAUGACGGAAGAAGCGCCCGCCGUCCUUCUGCCGAUGACGACGCUGAUCGCGACGACUCGAGCAGGCAGCCAAAGAGCCUGAUCAAGCACCGCGGACCGCUGCCGUCGCAGAAAGACUUCUUUGCCACCAACAAUGGCGAAGAGGCACCCGACAAAGAGAAAGACAAGCCAAACUGGGGCAAUACAGGGGUUUUGGCCGCCGCCUCCAACUCGGUCGUCCAGGCCGAUGGGACGUCCACCACACUCAAGUAUCACGAGCCAUCCGAGGCACGUAAGCCGUCGCCACGCGACCAGUGGAAGCUUUUUGUGUUCAAGGGCAGCCACAUUGUGGACACUAUCGACCUCAACCUCAAGAGCUGCUGGCUCGUGGGAAGAGACUCUGGCGUGGCCGACGUCAUGGCCGAGCAUCCCAGCAUCAGCAAGCAGCACGCCGCCAUCCAAUUCCGCUACAUGGAGAAGAGGAACGAGUUUGGCGACAAGAUGGGAAAGGUCAAGCCCUAUCUGCUCGACCUCGAUAGCGCCAACGGCACUGUCCUCAACGACGGCGCCGUUCCCCCGAGCCGCUAUCUCGAGCUCAGGCACAAGGACAUGAUACUGUUUGGGCACAGCACGAGGGAAUAUGUCGUCAUGCUCGCCCCCCGGGAUUAA